AUGACCAAGAAAGCUCGCCAUGGGAUGCAGAAGCGGAAAAGAAAGCUAUUCGUCGAUAUCAAGCCAGUGCCUGAGCUCGAAGCGCGCAGAUCUCACGUCAAUUUUGACCGGAUAUCACAGCAAGCUGUUGUAACAGAAGCAUUCUAUGAUCGCUUCCUGUCACACUUUACAUCAGAAGGAGAUGGGAAGGACAUACGGAAUAAGAAGUCUUGGCUACACCGUCUCCCGCAACUCUCUGUGGACGGCACCAACGAUGCACUCACUUUCGCAGUGCAAGCUACUGCCUUUUCCUACUGCGCUGCCGAGACGAACAACCCUGCCCUCGCACGUCAUGCGUGGGAUCUGUACGGCCGGGCUAUGCAACGACAUGGUAGAUUCCUCGCUCGAUCGAGAAGCGCGGCGACGGCGGUCACUUUGCAUAUGAUUUCCACGAGUGUGUUGUUUAGUUUUUUUGAGGCGAUGCAAGCUACCAAUGUAGAUGCGUAUCGCUCACAUGUAUACGGCGCGGCAAAGAUGUUCGAGGUCACAGAUCCGAGGCAGUGCUCAGAGGGUGUCCUGUGCCAGAUCUUUUUCCAUAUUCGGACGCAGUUGGCAUUUGCACAGCUGACUUCGAAUGGGGAAAGGACGGCUAUUGAUGUGAAGAAGAUAUUGCAUGACACAUUGGACUACGAAGAGCUACCCAUUUUUCAACGGCUGACAACGCAAUUCACGAAGCUGGCAGAUGCUUACAACGAAGUGGAGUCGUCGGUCGCAAGAAGUAAACGAACACAUGUCCUUGAUGUUGAACAUCUCCAAGUUUUCGAAGAUGAGAUCAAGAGCCUAUGGGACGAGUAUACGGAGUCAGCUGCGCGUAGCGGUGAUAUCCUGACCUGGCACGAACCAUCCACCAGCACUACACACUUCCGCGAUGGCUUCACGGCCCUUACUGUUGCAUACUUCAGCGCUACCCGUCUCCUUCUCUUCCUGACCGGACCACAACAUGAGGCGUCGCAUUCUGGCCUUGCGGAUGACUGUCGAAGCAUACUUCAAGCUGCGCUGUAUCUGCAGACCUGUUCCGUCGGAUGUGCAUACAUGCGCAUGGCAGCGCCAUUGCUUCUUGUUGCACUUCAUACGCCCGUUACGAAGCAGAAAAUGGUAGCGAUCGACUGUUUUCGGAGUUGGGCACAGGGAAGCAUGCGUGGCAUCAGUGAUAUGGCGUUGGAGACCAUUCAGCGGAAGCAGUCAGGACCACCUGAAGUCGAACAUAUGUGGCUUUAA